AUGCCGGUGCCGCCGCCGCCGCCAUUGGCAUCGCCGCUCUGGCGGUCGCUGCGAUCGUACCAGAUCUUUGGUGCCAAUACCGAGGUGGGGAAGACGGUCUUCUCGACGCUGCUGUGCAAGGCUGCUGCGAGACGGAACCCUGGCGGCGUAGCGUUUCUGAAGCCGGUUUCGACGGGGCCGGAUAGCGAGGCUGAUGAUCGUCACAUCUCAAAAUUCGCCUCGGAUGUCUCCAACAAGACUCUAUUUCAGUAUAAAAUCCCAGUCAGCCCACACAUUGCAGCUCGGGUCUCCAAUACCACAAUUCCCUCCAACGACACUCUUCUCUUCCAAUGCCGAGACUACGCAGCUCAAUGCGCCAACAUAGGCAGGAAAUGGCUGUUUGUCGAAACCGCAGGAGGCGUUCACUCUCCCGGCCCCUCAGGCACAACCCAGGCAGAUCUAUACGCACCCCUUCGACUGCCAGUUGUUCUUGUGGGCGAUUCUCGCCUGGGAGGCAUCUCUCAGACGAUAUCGGCCUUUGAGUCACUACGCAUGAGAGGAUAUGAUGUUGAAUCAGUGGUCUUGUUCAAGGAGGACAAGUAUCAGAACUUUGCCUAUCUGUCAGAAUACUUUGCGGAGCAUCACAACGUGCCUGUCGCAGGCGUGGUUGAGCCGCCGGAAAGGAAAUCAAACCUCGAGGAGGAUGUCCGAGCAAUGUCGCAAUAUUAUGAAGAGCAAUCCCAGGAUGGAAACACGAACAACGUUAUUUCCCACCUGGAUAGCCGUCACGAGGAGCGUAUUGCAUCUCUCAAUUCCAUGGCAACCGAAGCUCUGCAGAACAUAUGGUAUCCUUUUGCUCAGCACAGUCUUUUUACUCCAAAGGACAUUAAUGUCAUAGAUUCAGCCCACGGCGACUACUUCCAGACGCUGGCCCCUUCCUCUCCAACAUCACAGACCGAUAGCCUUCUCCGAGCCUCAUUCGACGGUUCUGCAUCCUGGUGGACUCAAGGUCUCGGCCAUGCCAAUCCCAAGCUCACUCUUGCUGCCGCUUACGCUGCCGGUCGCUACGGCCACGUCAUGUUCGCUGGCGGUAUCCAUCGUCCCGCUGCGGAACUAUCCUCAAGACUGCUCAAGGGGAUGAACAGUCCGCGACUUUCUCGAGUCUUUUUCUCUGACAAUGGCAGCACUGGUAUUGAGGUUGCUCUCAAGAUGGGUCUCCGAGCAGCCAAGCUCCGAUAUGGAUGGGCCGCAGAGGAGAAGCUCGGCGUUGUUGGCCUCAAGGGCUCUUACCACGGCGAUACCAUUGGCGCCAUGGACUGCUCGGAGCCGAGUGGGUAUAACGAAAAGGUCGAGUGGUAUGAUGGCAAAGGGCACUGGUUUGACUACCCGACUGUUUUGUGCGUCGGCGGCAGGUGGCGUGUGAAUGUGCCUGAAGAGCUAAGGCAAGCUUUGGGCGAAGACGCAGACUUUGGCUCACUGUCGGAAAUCUUUGAUGUUCGUGGUAGAGAACAAAAGGGCCACCAUCUUCGAUACGAGGCAUUUAUCCGAGAGACGCUGGAGAAGCUCCAGAAGCAAGGCCGUCGCUUUGGCUCUGUCAUUAUCGAACCAGUUGUCCUCGGCGCUGGAGGCAUGGCGUUGGUAGAUCCUCUUUUCCAGCGCGCCCUCGUCAACGUUGUUCGCAAAUCUCCAGACCUCUUCCGCAAGCCAAAUGCGCCCAUCGAAGAAUCUCCCAGCAGUCCCACCGCAUGGACUGGCCUUCCCAUCAUCUUCGAUGAAGUCUUUACUGGCCUCUACCGUCUUGGCCGCUUCACGUCGUCUUCUUUCCUUGACACGUAUGCCGACAUCUCAGUCCAUGCGAAGCUUCUAACUGGAGGUCUGGUUCCGCUCUGCACGACGCUUGCUUCGGAGGAUAUUUUCCAGACAUUUAAUUCUCCGGAUAAGACUGAUGCACUGCUUCACGGGCACAGCUACACGGCUCAUCCCGUAGGCUGCCAGGUCGCCGUAGAAUCCGUCAAGGAACUACAAAGGAUGGACCACAGCGGAUCUUGGAACUGGGCCAAGUCGCAAGGCUGGACAACCCCUGAGGCUUCUUCUUCUUCCGCAAGUGGCCAGCCCGCGGCAGACAUCUGGUCAACCUGGCCGCGAGAUCUAGUGGAGGAUCUCUCUCGUCAGACAGAUCGGGUAGCUGGAAUCUGGGCUCUCGGAAGCGUUCUCGCUAUCCAUGUCAAGGAUGCAGCGGGCAGCACGGGAUACUUUAGCGAUGCUGCGCAGAGUCUUCGGGAUGGCCUCAUUGCGGGCGAUGCGGAGGGCGUUAAUGGCUCGUGGAACGUGCAUUGCAGAGUUCUUGGAAACGUGCUGUAUCUGAUGGCGAGCCAGAAGACAACGGAGGAGAGCGUUGCGCAGAUUAGUUUGUUGCUGAGAAAAGGAUUGAACGCGUAA